AUGCCGAGUAUUCAAUCAAAUGCCAGUGUACGACCGAACGGAGAACUAUCUAGUUCUGCUACAGCGUCGCCCCACGGCAUCCUCUACUCGAACGGAGCGGCGGCCACUGGAUUCGCUAUAGGGACACCGUAUCAACCUUACCUUCCCUCAGGCUCCUACCGUUGGUACCCUCAGGCUGCGUGGUACCCUCAUGCAGGGUUACCGCAAGUUCGUGCCCUGCAUGUCGGCGAAGGAUCGGUCCCAUUGGGCGUUGUGCUUGCAUACAGAGGCUCACACUGUCGGCGAAUGUUCUUCGACCCUCAGUGGGACGAUGCACAGCUGCUUACAGAGAUGCGCAAGACAUACGACAAGCUUCGCUCGUGGCGGAGAUGGUGUUCACUCAAGAACGUUAGAUCUAUCACACUCGUCAAGUUGAGUCAAGAUACGUUCGUCUUCCCUCAGCGAAUUGGUCCAACCAAAGUCAGCACACGUCAGCAUAUGCGGCUACGCUUUCUGCUCGACCACCCGGAGGCGUUACUCGGCAGGCGUGACUUCACAACUGCCCUGAUGACGCGACCAGACAUCGGUAUCGAGUUCGUCGAACGCUGGCAGGCAACGCGACUGACAAUCGCCGUCGUCGGGCUAGUCUGUUUCUCGCUGAUCGUAUCGCUGCUCUACGCCUGGAUUACGAAGGACGUUUCCACUGCAUUCACCAUUGGAGCCUAUAUAACCUCGGCGUUUUCGAUCAUUCUAGUCUUGAUCGGCGUGCUAGGCUUCGUAGAUCUUUAG